AACCACCCGGCAGCCACACACCCAGCCAUCAGCGUGCCCUUACCCCCCUCUGCACCGAGCCUAUGCCCCUGCUCCUUGCUCUGCGCCCGACCUUCCUUCCUGCACUCUACGCUCCCCGCCAGCCAUCACCAGCCCUGCUCUGCACCAACCCUGCUCUCUGUGCCCAGAUCGCUUGCACUCUGCGCCCAGAUCCUGCAAUCAUACCCCUGCACACCCGAGCCAUCAUACAGCCCUACACCGCCCUCGCACGCCCGGCCUUGCUCUGCCCUCCCCCCUGCCACACCUGCGCCCCUGCUGCUGCACGAAACCUGCGCCUCCUGCACUCUACACCUCAAUCCCGGCCCUCUGUUGCACCGAGCCUACAGCCAUGCCCCUGCCUCACCUGCAGAAAAAAACACCACAUACCAGACAAAAUUGGCAUCAUUAGUGAUUGGCAGAGCAAGGCCUUUUUUUUAUUUCAUUUUUAUUUUUAUUUUAUCAUUUGGGUGUAUAUAUAGAGCAAAAGCAGAGUAAAGGAGAUUGGUCUUUUGGUUGAUUUUGUAGUUUGGAUUUGAGGGGUCUGGGAUUGAUUUUGGAGUCGGAUUUGUCUUCUGAUUUUGAGUGUGUGUCGACAGCAGAGAAAAGGAGGGAUUUUUCCGUUGGAAGGAGACUCUGUUUGAGAAAGAAGAUUGAGGAAUUUCAUCUUCAGUUGCCAUUGUUAGGUACAAUUCUGGAACAGAGGAUUUUUUUGGGAAAAUGGAGAAGAAAAUGGUGGAAGCUUGAUCCCGUGGGUGGGAUUCCUUCCAUCAAAUCCAGAUCUGUCUUCCUCUAAAAAAAUCCGCCAUGUUUGCUUUGUUUUUACCUUCUCUGUUGAUGUUUUUAUGUUCUUUUAUUUAGGUAUGAUGUUAAGUUUAUGUAUGUCUUUCCUGGAAACAAAAAAUGGAAAAAAAAAAAUCAAGGAUUGUUCUGUUU